UGUGCUUAUCGUUCGGUUUCGGUGCAAAAUUCGCCGAAAAUCCUUCUAGUUUAGUGAAAACAAACUAUUAUUCUCUGUUCUCGUAAUUUUGCUACAAUUAUAGACACACUGUAAAAAAGCAAUAUUCUGCCAGGAUGCCGCGAAUAAUGAUAAAGGGUGGUGUUUGGCGAAACACGGAGGAUGAAAUCCUUAAAGCAGCUGUUAUGAAAUAUGGAAAAAACCAGUGGUCACGAAUAGCCUCACUGUUGCAUCGUAAAUCUGCCAAGCAGUGUAAGGCCCGCUGGUACGAGUGGCUGGAUCCGAGCAUCAAAAAAACCGAAUGGUCUCGGGAAGAAGACGAGAAAUUGCUGCACUUGGCUAAAUUAAUGCCUACUCAAUGGAGGACAAUUGCGCCUAUAAUCGGGAGAACUGCGGCGCAAUGCCUGGAAAGGUACGAAUAUUUGCUGGAUCAGGCCCAGCGGAAGGAGGAAGGCGAAGAUGGUGGAAUGGAUGAUCCACGCAAAUUGAAGCCGGGAGAAAUAGAUCCAAAUCCCGAGACGAAGCCGGCACGGCCUGAUCCGAAGGAUAUGGACGAGGACGAGCUCGAAAUGCUGUCCGAGGCUCGAGCUCGAUUGGCGAAUACACAGGGAAAAAAGGCUAAAAGGAAAGCUCGGGAGAAACAACUGGAGGAGGCUAGACGUUUGGCUGCUUUGCAAAAACGGCGGGAACUGCGAGCCGCCGGCAUUGGACUUGGCAACAGAAAACGUAAAAUCAAAGGAAUCGACUACAAUUCCGAGAUUCCGUUCGAAAAAGCACCGGCUCCAGGAUUCUACGAUACUUCCGAAGAAUAUGUGGUUCCAAUAGCGGCUGACUUUUCCAGCCUGCGUCAGCAGAAUCUGGAUGGCGAACUGCGAACCGAGAAGGAAGCUCGUGAGCGUAAAAAAGACAAAGAAAAAAUUAAGCAGAAAAAGGAGAAUGAUAUUCCACUUGCGAUGCUGCAAAACCAGGAGCCUGCCAAGAAGCGUUCGAAGUUGGUUCUGCCGGAGCCGCAAAUUUCCGACCAAGAGUUGCAGCAGGUGGUCAAACUGGGACGCGCCAGUGAAAUAGCGAAAGAAGUAGCUUCCGAAUCCGGCGUGGAAACUACGGAUGCUUUGCUUGCUGACUAUAGCAUAACACCACAGAUUGCGGCGACUCCCCGAACUCCAGCACCGGUUACGGAUCGAAUCCUGCAGGAGGCUCAAAAUAUGAUGGCACUGACGCACGUAGACACUCCCCUAAAGGGCGGUGCCAAUACACCGCUUAUUCAAUCCGACUUUUCCGGAGCACUGCCACAAAGCCAAAUAAUUGCCACUCCAAACACGGUUCUAGCGACUCCUUUUCGUUCCGUUCGAGGAGCGGACGGAGCGGCAACUCCACAAUCGAGCGGUUUCCUAACGCCGGCAUCCGGUGCUCUCGUGCCGCAUGGAGCAACCCCAAUGGGACAACCGGGAGCCACGCCAAACUUCGUUCGCGAUAAGCUCAACAUAAACGCAGAGGAAUCGCUGGCCGUCACGGAGACUCCGGCUGCCUACAAAAGCUAUCAAAAGCAAUUGAAAUCGUCCUUGAAGGAGGGUCUGGCCUCUCUUCCGGCACCGAGGAAUGAUUACGAGAUUGUGGUACCGGAACACGAGAACGACGUAGGAAUGGACGACGGUGCUGAUGGGGAGAGAAUGGUGGCCGAUCAGGCCGAUGUUGACGCUCGCAAGAGACAGGAUCAACUUGCUAGAGAGGCGAAGGAGCUAUCAUUGCGAUCACAGGUUAUUCAACGUGAAUUACCGCGUCCUCUUGACAUAAAUAUGACGGUCCUUCGACCACCCAACGAGAUGCACGGUUUAACCGAGCUGCAGCGUGCCGAGGAACUGGUUAAGCAGGAAAUGGUUAAAAUGCUUAACUACGAUGCGAUCCGGAAUCCGAUCGUUAAUCCGCAGGCACCGCCUGUUAAAAAGAAUCCACUGGCUCAGCAUCUUGCCUAUCUGGAACAGCAUCCGUAUGAAGACGUUGCUGAGAGUGACCUGGAGCAGGCAAAGGAAUUGCUUCGGGAGGAAAUGGGCGUGGUCAAGUCAGGAAUGGCUCACGGAGACCUUUCACUAGAAAGUUACACCCAAGUUUGGCAGGAGUGUCUGUCGCAGGUGCUUUAUCUGCCCAGCCAGAAUCGCUAUACCCGAGCUAAUCUGGCGAGUAAAAAGGAUCGAAUCGAAUCUGCUGAGAAGCGGUUGGAAAUCAACCGAAAACACAUGGCAAAAGAAGCCAAACGAUGCGGCAAGAUUGAAAAGAAGCUGAAAAUUCUUACCGGCGGCUACCAGGCUAGGGCUCAGGCCCUGAUCAAGCAGUUUCAGGACACUAACGAACAAAUUGAGCAGAAUAAUUUGGCUCUGUCGACGUUCAAGUUCUUGGCAUCCCAAGAGGACUUGGCAAUUCCGAAGCGCAUGGAAUCGCUAACGGAGGACGUAAUGAGGCAGACCGAGCGGGAGAAGGCGCUGCAGAAGCGGUACGCACAGCUGCUGGAUGAAUUUAGGGAACUGGCCAGAGAUGAACGUCAGCCGAAAGCGGUUCCGCAGAACAAACCGCGAGUGGAAGUUUCUCAGCGAAACGGUCGAGCAGAACCGGAACCGGAGCCAGCAGUGGACGAUCGGCAAGACGCUGCCGAGAGAGAUGUCGAAGAGCCGCAACCACCAACGAAUCAGUUACCGUUGGAGGAACAACAAGAGCACCAGCAGCAGCAACAGCAGCAUUCUGCAGAACCACCCAACGCCGAUGAUGCCAUGGAUUGUCAGGACGAUGAAGAGGAACGGGGUGAAUAGUUUAGCUUAGUCAUUGUUCUAACAAUUUGCU